AUGGUAUCAUCUUUUAUGCUUAGUAUUUGGUUUUUGACAUUGGUCCCAGUAUCAUAUGGUCUCAAUGUUUUGAUGAUUACUCUCGGUGCUGCAGGUCAUGUUAUUCCAAUGUUUGAAUUAGCAAAAUCAAUGAAAAACCAUAAUGUAACAUUUAUUACGGCUUUGCAUGCUCAAUCCUAUAUAAAUUUUGAAUCAUAUGCGAAAUUAUCUUCAUUUCGCAUCAUCUAUACGAAUGAUUCGACUGAUGCAUUUAUUAAUGAAAAGAAACGAGAAAAACAAGUAGUUGAAUAUUUUAUGAAUCAUUCUCUUUUAGAAAGUGUAGAUUAUAUGAUAUCAAGAAUAAGUCCAGUUAUUAAUACUUUAAUGACCAAAUCAGUCAAUUUAUUAAUGUCGGAACGCUACGAUGUGAUUAUUGGUACAUCAUUAACGAUUGGUACACAUCUUCUAUGUAAACAAGCAAAUGCAUCAUGUGUAAUAAUAAUUCUAGAAAAUCAAUUAAAUAGAUUUGAUGUUAAUCAACCUAUUAGCAACUCAUUACUAUCAUCAAAACAUUUAACCGAAUUGAAAUAUCGUAUUUAUAAUUUUGUUUUAACUUUACGUUUGACAAUCCCUCUUUUUAAAACAGUAUUUAAAAUGUACUACAGAAUUUUUCAUUCGUAUCCUCAAGUGCCUGGACCAUUUUACGAAGUAUUUACAUUAAGAAACAUAUUACGGACUAAAUCAAAUUGUUUGAAAUUAAUCAGUUUACCACCAACGCUCUAUCCGCCAUCAUCUUUAUAUCAUGAUACGAAAUAUCUUGGCGGAUUUGUGGAUAAUUCAUCAAUUGAAUAUGUUGAAAAUGAUCUUACAAGAUGGAUUAAAUCGAAACCUCCGAAGUCUAUUGUUUAUGUGGCUUUUGGUAGUAUUUCUGUACUUAGUCAAGUUCGAAUGAAGAAUUUAAUAUAUGGUCUAGCUGAAUUUCUUUUACAAAAAGAUUCGAUUUCCGCCUUAUUAGCAUUUCGUAAUACGAAUUAUGAAAAUUAUCAAAUUGUACUAAAUGAAAUGGAACAUGAUCAAUAUCGACAGGUAUUAAUGAAUGAUCAACGAGUAAAAGUCGAAAAUGGUUUUAUUCAACAAAAAUGGCUUUUACAACAAAAUUCAAUUAGUAUUUUUAUAAGUCAUUGUGGAAUGGGUUCAAUUGUAGAAGGACUUUACUUUGAAAAACUUAUCAUAUGUUUACCAUUAUGCACAGAUCAAUUUUCAAAUGCAAUUUCAAUCUAUCAUUCAGGAGUUGGAGAAUCAUUAUUUGUACCACCAUCUCUAUGGAAAUUAUUUUUAAAUCCACUUGAUUUUCAUGAUUAUGUAUUUUCAGCUAGUGAUGUUACAACAAAACUAUUAGCAAUAUGGAGAAAUACUUCAUAUGAACAAGCAGUUCGAAUGAUGUCACUCGAAAUAAAACAUGCUGGUGGUGUAAGAAAAGCAGUAGAAGAAAUUGAACAUUUUGUCAAUUUGAAUGGUAGUUUAGAUCGGUAUAAACCAUUUUACAAUACACUUCCAUUCUAUCAACGAUAUUUACUUGAUAUAAUAUUUGUUUGUAUUAUUUUACCUUCAGUGAUCAUAUAUUAUUUAUGUGUGAAAUAUUGUAACAGAAAUCGAAAAGCAAAAAAAGAUUAA